UGAGGGCACAUUCAGACUAGUACUUUCUUGGACGUAUCUGACUGCACUGCCGACCAGAAUAUCCUAUUGUGAGUAUGGGCAGGACAUACUCACAGCAGUCCUCUCCUGGAUGUAUCCGGCUGCGUGGAUGCACAGAUUCACCCAAAAUAUCUGAUUGCGAGCACACUCUGAUGUGUGACAACAUGGCUGUUGUUGUGCAGGUUCUAAGUGGAAAGGAGCCCAGACGGCCAGUUCUCUUGGACAAACCUAUUGAGAUGGUACUUACUGGCACAGAGGAGCAAGGACUGCUGGAGUAUCGGGCAAGGCUGGAGGAGUGGGGCUGGCGGUACCGCGUUUCAGCCCAAGUCUCCAACUUAGUGCAACGAUGCAGAAGUGCCUCGCAGCCGUGUAGACAAGUAGCGACGAUCUUUGCGGUGCCUUUGGUACUUGGCGUUCCGUUGAAAUCAGGGGACCUCAAAGAGCAUCUGCACCAGAGUUUCAAAAUCCUUCUUUGCCUUCCUGCAGGAGCUAUCAUGUUUGGCCACAAAAUUCUGCCGACGGAGAGCAAGCUACUGAUUUCCCAGUUGGCGAAAACACAGCUCCUCUUCCAGUGUGCGCAUGGACGGCCAACCAUGGCGCCCAUCGUAAACCUUUCAGCGCUGCGGAAAGCACUCCGCCAAAGCCAAGCAACAAAUUUCCGGAGCUCCGGUGAAGAGAUGGCAGCGGCAUUCCCGACAGCACGACUGGCAAUUGAAGCAUGGGAGCCAGGGGGGGGUGCAGCAAAAGAAGCUAUUGCUAGAGAUGGAGGCUCCACAGAGAGGGGAGGAGGAGGAGGAGUACGAGUCUUUGGUAAUUACAAUGCGGCCGUCGGCUCCCAGCUACCGACCUCUGGAUCAUGCAGCUCAGCAAUUGGAGGCUUGCACUGUUCUUCUUCAUGGCGUGCUGGAAAAGUGAUGGCAAAUAAUGCACGGCCAACGGUGGAAAGAGCUAGAGACCGACUACAAUAUGCUCUUCAGAUGGGAGUUUGACUUCGGUCCAUGCAUUUUUCUUCCCGUCGCUCUGGACCCCCUGUGAGAAGAAGAAGAGGGUCUUGGCCCUUUUGAGU